GAGAUAAAGAUUGAUGAAUUUAAUCUAAUUGGUUCCGAAAUUGGGGCGCGACUUCUUAUAAUCGCUCGAAAUAAGAAAGAAAAAAAUGUCUAUUUGAUAAUGGAUCCAUUUACAUCUUCAGAUCCUGUAGAUGCUAGUUUUAUUGAUAAAAAUUUAGUAAUUAAGGAAUUAAUUCCAGACAAAGAAAAUUGGGUCUUAUAUUUAAGAAAGACGUUAGAAGAUGCCAACAAUAUCUUUAUCUCGUCAGCUAAUGAAAAAAUUUUAAGAUUUAUUAAAUUAUUUCUUAAACCAUCCGAUGAAGAUACUGAGUUUAUUCAAAAUGAGAAUAUUCAUAAAAUAUCUGAGAAUAUUCAUAAGACAUCUGAGAAUAUUUAUAUAUUUGAGAAAUAUCUUGUUAGGUGGACUUUGCAAUGUGAUAAAGAAAGAGAUAUUCUUAUAGCAGAAUCUCUUAAACCAGGGGAAAAGAAUUCAUGCACAAUAAAUUUUCGUCCAAGUUAUUAUAAGGAACCAAAACCAUUUACAAUAAGUUCGAUUUGUUUAGAGAAUGAUAAUUUAGUUGUUCGUGCAGAAUUCUGUUUGCUUGUUUGGUCAUUUAGUGCAAAAAAAGGAAUACAGUUGAUUUAUUGUUGGCAUAUUUAUGAUUAUGAUGAUAAGGUCAUUGAAGAUUUCCAAUCUGCAAAGUAUUUUCUUCCAGCACCAACUUACGAUUUUUAUAAACAUAUAUCCUUUCAACAAGAGGAUGGAAAAAGAUAUUUUGUGGAAGAACUAUUAGAUGAACAUAUUGAUAAUGAUUUUUUUUUAAUGAUUUAUGGACAAAAACUCAUAGAAUCUUUUAUUGAUAAUGAUAGAGACAUCCAAUUACGAAAGUUGUGUAAUAGAUGCUUUGAUCUUGUUUUCGAGAGUACCGAUUUACCUCCAAAUACACAGCUAUUUAGAAUAAUUUCCCAGUCAAUUACAAAAAUAGCUAAAUCAAAUCCAACAUUCUUUGCAAACUUUGUAAUACGGAUCUUUUUUUUGUAUAUUUUUGACGAAUCGUAUUUACAAGAAAAUUUGGAUACACACGCAAAAAUUCGUCUAAAACACCUUCAUCAUUACGGAAGUUAUAGUAGAUUAUCUAAAUCAACAUAUUUAGAUUAUUUAGAUUCUUUAGUGAAUAUUUUUUUCCACAGCUCUCUUCUAAAUUACAAAUAUAUACGUAAAAUAAUUAGAUGGUAUAAAAGGUAUCAAGAUGAAAAGCAAAUUGAUUAUGAAAAUCCAAAAUUACCCCUAAUGUCUCCUUUACCUGGUUUUGUUAGUUAUCCUAAAUAUGAUAGUUUUUGGAAGGAACUAAUUAACCCACAACUUAGUUGUUUUAUAGAGUUUGAAGAUCUUUCUUUUUACGAAACUUGGAAUGGUGAAGCAAUUAUUAAUUUUAAAUGGGAUACUUUUGGUAGAAACUAUUAUUACGCAAUUUGGGCAGUAUAUACAGUGUUUCUUUGUAGCUUUGUUAUUGUUGCCACGUUUUCUGAUAAUAUUUCUUGGCAUUACCAAAAAUUUUUCUUAACCACUGCCGUAAUUCUUGGAUUCUGGCACUUAUUUUUGGAAAUUCGUCAAUUUAUUCAUUCACCCUCAAAUUAUUUAUCAAGUAUUUGGAAUUAUAUAGAUCUUAGUGCAGUAAUAUCCACGAUAGUUACUUCUAUCUGUUGGCUAAAAUAUGGAUCUGCCUCAACUUCAGCCAUUACGUUUACAACUUUGUUUCUUGAAUUAAGAUUUAUUGUCUUUUUUCGAACCAUUUCAUUUUUUGGAAUGUAUCUUGCUAUAAUUAUGAAUACAAUAGACAAAGUAAUAUCUUUUUUAAUAAUAUUUGGAUUUAUUAUACUUGCAUUUGCACAUUCAUUACAUCUCUUAUUGCGAUCAGCAUAUGAAACUUCAGAUUCAGAUCUAAAUAUGUUUUCACAAUUUGGUUCUGCAAUUCUUGCAUCUUAUUAUAUUAUGAUUACAGGAGAUUCUACUCCUAUUACUUCAUGGGUUUCAAAUGAAAAUAUUAUAAUAAUGCUUUUAAUGAUUUUAUUUUCAUUUUUUAUAAUAAUUUACUUGAUGAAUUUAUUUAUCGGUAUUCUUGGUAAUUUAAUCAAUGAGGCUGAUAAUCGUCAAGCUUACUUGGCUAUAAAAAGAGAGAUUCUUGUUGAAAUUGAAUUAUUUUAUUUAUUACCUUAUCAGAAAAGAAAAUACAAUUGGUUUCCAGAAACUUUCUUUUAUCAAGUUCAUAUUACCAAAGUUCGUGAAUUAAUUCAAGAUAUUAAGUCUGAUAGUUGGAAUAAAUCUACAAAACCUUUUAUUUCUAAAGCUGUUUUAGAUAUUUUAAAAGAUGAAUUUGAAAAAACUUCAUCAAAAACAUCAAAAGAAACUCAAACCGAAUAA